GAAAUAGCAGGAGGUGCAGUUACUAUUAAUAGUCGAGGUGGGACGCUACUGGAGGGAGCUAUAAGGGAUCAGCCAGACAUGCCGCCAGUUCAGGUACGUGGCAUUGCUAAGCCCAGAGCAGGUCUUGCCAGUGCCUAAAGGAAAAAGAGGAGAGACCUCAAGAGGGAUAACCAAUUGGCUGACAGAGUAACAAAUGAAAAGUAACCUGACUCUACUGACCUGCUUAACCCCGCACGGGGGGAAGGAUGGAAAGGAGCAACUGUUUGCUUUAAAACAGUGGAACAGUUUUGCAGCCUUAGAAAAUGGCAUGUAACAUACCUAACCAAAGACAGCGGACUCUGUCAACAACAGGAGAAGCUCUAUAUGAAAUUCUCGGUCUGCAUAAGGGAGCAUCAAAUGAAGAAAUUAAGAAAACCUACAGAAAACUGGCCCUGAAACACCAUCCAGACAAGAAUCCAGAUGAUCCAGCUGCUACUGAGAAGUUUAAAGAAAUCAACAAUGCCCACGCAAUACUUACCGAUGCCUCAAAGAGAAGCAUAUACGACAAGUACGGAUCGCUGGGACUCUACGUGGCUGAGCAGUUUGGAGACGAAAAUGUUAACACCUAUUUCACGCUGUCGAGCUGGUGGGCAAAGACCCUGUUUGUUAUCAUCGGCCUCUUGACAGGCUGCUAUUUUUGCUGCUGCCUGUGCUGCUGCUGCAACUGCUGCUGUGGACGUUGCCGGUCCAAGUCAUCGGUGCCAGAAGAGGACUUCUUUGUGUCCCCAGAGGAUCUGGAGGAGCAGAUCAAGUCCGACAUGGAAAAAGAUAUGGACUUUCCAGUUUUCCUCCAGCCUACAAACGCAAAUGAGAAAACACAGCUAAUCAAAGAAGGAUCUCGAAGUUAUUGCACAGACUCUUGAUACUGAGCCCACAGAGUCCAUAGUCCUUCCUCUCAGUUCAAUCUUGUCUCCAGAUGGUCGUGGGGAGCGUGUGGGGCAUAAAGUGCUGUGAACUUUUCCAUCUUGGUAUUUUAUUUUUGGGUUAGGAAAACAUGCUUACUAUAUAAUUUUCUCAGUAUGCAGACUUUCUCUCUGAGUAGAAUUUCUUAUGAAACACAUUCAAUUUGGGUGAAUAAAGGCCUGAAGAGUUAUUUUAUGCUCCUUGCCUGAUGUAGGACAGUGGAAUUAUACAGGCUUUAUGAACCUGCCCUCUAUGUGAGGCAGACCUGAUUCUUAACUGACUAAAGUAAUAUUCUAGAACAGAAGACACUUUUCUUCCAUUUAACUAUACACAGUAUUCAUAGCUACCAUAAACAUCAUUCAAAUAUAUGAGAACUUAACAGUUUUUGUGUGUGGAACCUCUUUCCUGUCAAUAUUCAAUAAAGUUAUAGAAAUAUUUAAAGAG